GCCCCUUACACGCAGAUCCUAGAAUUGGUAGUUAUACAUUCCAUAUACUACUUACUCCCUUAUCCCAGAUCGAUAUCGAUUGCAUGAUUUCUUUCUAUAGUAAGCAAUUCGAAAACUAGUGAUACCGGACUAUGAGUGGUCGGUGGUGGUGGUGGCCCCUCGCCAGCCCAGAUGAAGGGCUGGAGAACAUGACAAUGCCCGCGUUGCCUCCGGAGCCAACCCAUCCCUACCAUCCUCUCGGCGUGGACAUCCCCGCGUAUGCGGCCAACGAAGCCCCCGUCCCCGUUCUCCUUGCGGCGCUUGCCGGCACCCUCAGCUUCGCAGUGCUGAGCGCGGCGCUUCUUGCGCGGAAGCUGAAUCCGCGCCUUGGCGCCUCGGGACUCGCUGUGUUCUGUUGGUUUAUGAUGAACACAUGUUUACACUGCGUUUUUGAAGGCUUCUUUGUUCUGAAUCAUGCCACCGUCGCAUCGUCGCAAUCGCUGCUGGCACAACUAUGGAAGGAGUACGCGCUCUCCGACUCGCGAUAUCUUACGUCUGACUUCUUCAUGCUGAGCGUUGAGAGUAUCACGGUAUUCUUCUGGGGCCCCCUCUGUCUCGCCAACGCAAUAGCCACCGCGCGCAACACUCCCUCGCGUCACGCGCUGCGCAUCAUCGCCUGCGUCGCGCACCUCUACGGCGUGGCGCUGUACUACGCCACGAGCCAGUGCGAGUUCUACUUCACGGGGCGAUCGCACAGUCGACCCGAGUUCGUGUAUUUCUGGGUAUACUACGUCGGCUUCAAUCUGCCCUGGGCAAUAAUACCAGCUUUCCUUCUAUGGGAUAGCGUGAAGACCGUUACGCGUGCCAUGAGGGCUCUUGAUAAGGCGGAGGUGACGCUAAACUCGCAUCGCACUCGAACACAGAGUGACGGUAUUGGGGGUCGACGGGAAUCCAAGAAGACGAAAUAAACUUGUAGUUUCUAGAAGGGAUGUACGGGAAAGCACGCAAGACGUGGUAAGAAGGUCAGAUGUCGCGAUCUAGAUAGAGUAUACUAUACCCUAUAAUGUUUGUACUUAAUGGUAUGCAUUUUAUUUAUUUCAUAUUGAAACUAGA